CAAAGGAAGAAAAGGGGCCGCGGGGCAAGCUGUGAGGUACAGCCAGUCAAAAGGAGGCCGUCGUAAAAGUCAGGCUUCAGGGACGGGCGUAAUGGCUUUUGCGGGGUCGACAGCGUUAGCUGGCGGAUUAAGGCAUCAGCGAGUCCUGCCUCUGCCUCCUGGCGGCACUCCCUGCUGCCAUCGUACAAGAGAUGCCUUGCGGUGUAGGAGCGUCCUUUUGACAGAGGUAGAGCACAGGCUGGCGUCUGCCCAUACCAUCCCCGCACAUACCCUGGACCUAGAGGUUUCCCCCAGUGUACAGAGGAGAUAUGUCGAGGACCUGGAAGCCCAGUGGUCGCUGGAUGAUAGCGAUGACGCCAGAGCUGUGCUGGACUACCUCCAGCGUGCUGUGUAUGCUCAGGGCACCAGCACUGGCUUAAACGUGGUGGCAAUGUCUGGAGGAACUGGCUCCGCGCUGCUCGCCCACAUUGUGGCGUCAGUGUUUGACGAGAACACUGUAGCGUGCAUCGGCCGCUCCGGUUCAGUAGCCAGCGAGAGGCUGCACCGCGCCCGCUACACCGCAGAUCUAAUGGGUGUGGAUUUGUGGGAGCUGGACACACGGGUUGCGCCUCAGCCGAAAGCUAGUCUUGCUCUCAUCGACGAGGCGGCUCCGAGGUCAGAGCGCGCUGUGUAUGCGUCUCUGGCGGCUAUCUCGGUCGGAGCGGCAAGCGCUGCAGCCGAUCUCGGCGACGGCGCGGAGGCAGUGGUCUUCUGUGGCGCCAACGCGCAUGACCUGGCCAACUCGGCACGUCCCGGUUUGAGGGCGGCUGGCGAGCUGGGCAUCCUGUGCCCGCUGGCUGACCUAUCACCAGAGACCGUCACGGUACUGGCGCAGAUGGUGGGUCUGCCGGACUGGGGCCAUGCGGAGGUGUCCUUCUCGCGCCCCCGGUGGCCAAUGACUCGCCACAACACCCCCCGGCUGGCGCGCCUCGCCAGGUCCCUCUCGAGCGGACGGCUGUGGUCAAAGCUCUGA